UGCUGCUGCUGCAUACACUCUCCAACCUCCUACUCCUUCCGCCGCUGCCGCCGUCACAGAGAGAGAGAUCGAGAGAGAGAGAUGGCGAUGAGAGCCGCGAUCCUCCGCCACAUCCGCCUCCCGGCGACGGCCCGAACCCUAGCCGUUCCGAGAUCGCUGCCACGGGGCCUCCUCGGGAGCUCCGCGUCGCGCUCCAUGUCGUCGCACGGCGACGACCACCUCACCAAGGAGGAGGUCGUCGAGAGGGUCCUCUCCGUCGUCAAGAGCUUCCCCAAAGUCGAUCCCGCCACGGUGACUCCUGAUGUUCAUUUCCAAAAUGAUUUGGGUCUAGAUAGCUUGGACAACGUCGAGAUUGUAAUGGCACUGGAAGAAGAAUUUAAGCUCGAAAUCCCGGAUUUGGAAGCUGAUAAAAUAGACUCCUGUCGUCUUGCUAUUGAGUACAUCCACAACCAUCCUAUGGCUGGUUAAUUCGAGCUAAUGCAUCUUUUGACUAUCCUGUAUUGUGUAGACAAUGAGCUGCUCAGCUUCCUCUUCGCGUGCUUUGUUUUUGAAGGUGAAGUAGAGGAUGGAAAAUAAUCUCAACUUUUGUGAUAAAAGAUUGGCCACCAAAAAACCAAAAUCCGUUUGCCUUUGUGCAAACUUUCAAUCUUUCACUGGACAUAGAUGAUGAUGAAUAACUUAAUCAUUUGUCUUCACUAGCAA